CUUUUUAUCAUACUUCUUGUGUACUUGUAAUAAGCAAUUAGCAUUUCAUCCUUAAAUCAACCACACAACACAUAUCUAAUCUCCUUCCCUCUUCAAUUAUUUAAACUCCCCCACUUUCCAACCCAAAAAUUCUCUACCACCUCCCAUAACACACUAUCCUUAACUUUUCUCUCCCUCUCUAGAUAGUGAUCUCUUCCUUCCAAACACAACCCUAAUUUUAAUAUUAAACAAACCCCAAAAAAAAUUAUAUAAAAACAUGGAUAAUCAUCAUCAUCAUCAUCAAAUUCCUUCAUCAAUGAUCCUCUUUUCUUCAUCAACUACUAGUAAUAAUACUAAUACUAAUAUAACAACUUCAUCAUCUUCUUCUUCUCCUUCACCUUCUUCCCCUUCGGGUUCGGGUUCUGGGUCGGGUCCAACUACUCCUACAACAUCUAGUAGGUACGAGAAUCAAAAAAGAAGGGACUGGAACACCUUCGGACAAUAUCUAAAAAAUCACCGCCCACCACUUGCUCUUAACCGUUGUAGUGGGGCCCAUGUCCUUGAAUUCCUCCGUUAUUUAGACCAGUUUGGAAAAACUAAGGUCCAUACCCAUCUUUGUCCCUUUUACGGGCACCCGAACCCGCCUGCUCCAUGCCCAUGCCCGCUUCGUCAAGCGUGGGGAUCUCUUGAUGCUUUAAUCGGACGGUUAAGAGCUGCUUUCGAGGAAAAUGGUGGUAAACCCGAAAUGAACCCCUUUGGAGCCCGUGCUGUAAGGCUUUACCUUAGAGAAGUUAGAGAUUCUCAGUCUAAAGCUAGAGGGAUUAGCUAUGAGAAGAAGAAACGUAAACGGAUCCCACCAAAUAAUAAUAAUCCGGGUUCAAAUCCGGGUACGAAUAAUCAGAUCGGGUCGAUCUCGAUGCUACCACCAUCAGGUGCUAGUUGAUGAUGAUGAUGAUGAUCAGUAAGAUAUUUAAGCUAUGUGUGUGAAUAGAUCAUGUUUCUUUUAUUAUGAUGAUCAUGUGAUGGUUUUCCUAGGUUUAUUUUCUAGGGUUAAGUUUAUUAGCAGUAGAAGUAUUAUUUAUGUUAUGGUGCUAUUUAUGCUAUUGUCACUUUUUAAAAUGUUAAAAAAAAUGAAAUGAAAUUUUUUAACAUUUCAUGAGCUUGUGGCCGAGGGUCUUAUUGUUCGCAACUUUCAUUUUAUAUGGUAUAAGGGUAUGUAUGGUCUAUAUGCAAUCGCUCAUAAAUCUAUGAGCAGGAUAUAUUGAGUAUGAUGAUGAUUUUGAUGAACUUUGAUUAUGUAGAAGAAAUAAAUGUAAAAAAUGGUGGAAUAUUAAAAAAAUUAAUUAAUUUGA